AUGUUAUCGCAGCCUAAAAACAGGGUUCAAGCAAUAAAAAGUAAAUUCGAGAAUUUGCAAACCGAAAACGAAGUGCUGGUGAAGAAGAACAUCUCGCAUUUAAGCAAGUACGCCCCCAAAAGUAGUGGUAAUCCGAUUCCUACAGACAAUUCUGAUAAGGAAAACAAAGAAGAAGUCAAGUUGUUAAAUGCUACUUUAGAUUUGAACCCCAGUGAAGAUUGGACUCCAAAACCUAAUACAAGUUAUCUAUAUAGUCACAAUGACUUAAAUCACAAAGGUGACUCGAAAGUAACUUUAUCCCGGCAAUCUAGUGAUCCAGGCAAGAAAUUACAUAGAAGUCACGCUUUUCGUUGUGACCGGAACCAGAUUAUAACACAACCAAAACGCCAUGGAAGCUGCAAUGGACGAUCAGAAACCAGUGACUUCUCCCUAAAACGUAGUGAUAAGAGACUCACAAAAGAUCGCUUGAAGCAAUUAGGAAAUUUCAUUGAAGAGCAGAUGAGAAAGGACGGUUACAUGGCAACUAAUUCAAUAAUAGUUGGUCAAGUCAACUCUGUACCGGAUUGUGAAGUACCAAAGCAUAUUCUGGAUCAAUAUGCAAAAGUUGAUAAAAGUAGAAAAGCAGAGAAACAGGACUCUUUAACAGACAGCGGUGUUAGCUCUGAAACAGAGAAUGCAGAUGAAGAGAAGAAUAAAAUUAAAAAGCUGGUUUCCCAGUAUGAACGGCUUGAUGAUAAAGAUGCUAAAUUUUCCAAACAAAACUUGGAUGGAGAAACCAGUCAUAAUAUUCAAUCAAAGCUAACAAAUAGAGAAAGUCCACAAAGGGAACCAUGUGAAAAUGAAAGAAACUGCAUAUCCCAGAAGCUUGAUAGUUCUCCAGGCUAUGAAUCUUUAGGAGAAACUGGUAGAUACAUUUCUCAACAAAGUCCCAGUGUUACAAUAAAACAUAUUUCUCAGUAUGAACAGUUUGAGGAACUACAUUUAUUUACUGAAAAGCUUGAGCAAAUCAACAAGAGUCAGGUUGAAAAACUAAAAAAUGAGUCUAAUCUAGCAUCUAUGGACGAAUUGUGUGGGUCCAGUGAAACCAUGCGCUUGGAACGUAAGAACCCACACCUUAUACUAACGGAUACCUUGAAAAAGGCUUUAAAACAGCCUCUGCCACCAGGCCCACCUCCCAAGAAACCGCCACGAGUUUUUCACGAGGAAAAACCAAAGAAAGACACCAAGAAAAUGCUGGAAAAACUAGAACAGGUGCUACAGAAACGGGAAGCUCAAAAUCAAAACAAAAUUUAUGAUAUAGCCGAGGAAUCAGAACGUGCAGAUAAGCCGAGAGAUAAGAAAGAAAUGCAUUAUCUUUGUACUGAGAUUUUGAACAUAUCAAACCCAACUACAGAUCCGUUUACUAAAUGCUUAAAUUCUUUGAACUGUGCCAUAGUGACUAAUAAUUCCACUCUCAGUCUGCCAUAUACUAGAUUAAGCGAUUGUCCCUGUAGUGAUGUGCAUUUGAGUACAUUUAAAAGUGACGGAAGCAAGUGUCCCAAAUGUGAAUCCAAUUCAGACAAAGACGGUUUCAAGUGCCAUUUGAAUUGUAAGUGUAAAGUGUUGAAUUCCGAGUUCUAUGUUCAAAGAGAGCAUAUAUAUGAUGUACCGUUUGUGGAGAAGAGUGAAUAUGGAUCGUUGAUCAAGGGGACUAGAAGUAUGGAGGAUUUGAGGAAAAUGGAGGAUCCCAAGAUCUAUGAUGAGCCAUGCGACAUAUCGCGACCUGCAACACCAGAAACCAACGUGAAAACAGACUUCCAAAAGUUAAAGGAAAAUUUCGAACACGUCAAGCUAGAGAAGCCGAAGAUCGCUAAGAAGCCACUGAAAAAAGUGUGGAAGUCCACGGAAAAUGUUUCUCAAGAGUUCAGGUUCGCGAAGAAGAGUGUUGAGAAGAAAUUCGCGACGGAGACAAAGAGGUACAGGCGUAUGGAGAAGGAUAGAGUGGGGUUCAGUCUGCCCAAGACUGACGAGCAGUUGGAUGUCGAUAGAGAAAACCUAAAUCGUCUAAUGACAGAGAUCUACGAGACGGUAACGGCUGCCUGCAACAUGGACGAAAACAAACCGGGAAGCUUUCCCACUGACGUAUCGGAUGCUACCAGCGAAGAGUCAGUCAAGUUAACCCGUAGCCUCACAGAGAAACGCAAGAACUACGUGCGCCGCGUCUCAUCUCGGGUCGCGUAUCUGGACCAGAAGAAUGUCAAAACGCGUUUCCGCCAUCAAACCUCCGUUUGCUCCUACAAAUCGGACAUCGUAGACACGUACUCCACUUUCCGAUCUUGGAAGAGCUUCCGCACCUCACAGAGUAAUCUGGCAAAGAUGGCGGUCGAGACUGAUCUGAUAGAUGGGUCCCAUUCUGACAACUUGAGCAUAGAUGAGAAGACCGGGUGCGUGGAUCUGACUUUGCCGUUUGAGGCGAGAGAGCGGGGCUUGUUCAACGUGUGUCUGCUCGUCGGAAUGAAUUAUAUGACGGGGCAGGCGUAUGUGAAGAGUGUCUUUCCGAAUCAGGUUCAAGUACCCCCUCAUAUAGAGAACCUGAUCUUCCCAGAAACCUUAAGUGCCGGUACUAUAGCUGAAUACUCAGCUGAGGAGAAUGCCCAAUGUUACUCCCUGGUUCUGACCGAUGAGAAGGGAGAACGGGCGUAUGGAUAUUGCCGUCGCGUGCUGCCAGAGGGAGCCACGAGUUGUCUUCCACUUUGCUAUUGUCUGAUUGGAAAAUAUAGAGCUCCAGGUUUCUAUUAUAAGAUCUUACAAGAAAUCGAAUCGCACCACGGCAACCCAGAAAUAGAACUCAGUCAAAUACUGCAGCAACUGUUCGAAACGGAUUUCCCGAACCCAGGCGAACAGAUAACAAUCACCUAUAACAGAUCCGCGAAGGAAACUACCAGAAACUCGAUAAGCUUAGGCGAGGUAUUCAAAAGCAAAACGAUGCCGAGGAAAAGCGAAGUCUCAAUCAAUAUAAGCGUUAAGACCGAGUCGGUAGCGGAAGAGAACGAGACGGAAGCGUCGAUUCAGAGGGAGAAGGAGAUAGUGUUAGAUAAGGAGAGUCUGGAGAAGCACGAGUUGCCGGAGUUUUACGAUUUGGAGAAUAAUAAUAGCCCGAAAAGGGUCAUGAUUUGUCUUGAAAGUCCAAGGACAAGAAUAAUUAAGCGUCCGAUCGAACCAAGAGCUGAUGAGGACAAUAUGUCUCUUCUUCUGGACAAGUUAGGAGCUGGACUUGUUAUUAAGGUUUUUGGAUCACUACUCCUGGAGAGAAAAGUUGUCAUCGUCAGCGACCAGUUAGGUAUCGUUUCGUCAUGUAUGGAAGCUUUACAAAGCGCCCUCUAUCCGUUAGUGUGGCAACAACCAUUGAUAUCGACGAUUCCUUCUGAGAUUCAACGGGACGUCCUAGAAGCACCUCUGCCAAUACUGGCUGGAAUGCUCAAAGCGGCAGACUUUGAUGCUAAUGUGCAGUUCGAAGAGGGAAUGUUAAUAGAUCUGACGAACCCGAACAAAGUUCUUUUCUACCAAGGCGAUGAAUCAACCAUUCUACCCACGAACAGCUACAAAACCUUAAAAACCUCCCUGAACAUGGAGUCCAACAAGCAGAAAGACAAACAGGACACGAAGACGCGAAACGUGAUGAUAUCGGAAGCGUUCCUGAGGUUCUUCGUCGACAUUUUGGGUGAUUUCUCCAAGUUUUUCACCGAGCGAGAGAUGGUGGACGGCGAUUUGGGGAAAAAUGGCGUCGUAUUUGAUAAGGACGCGUUCAUCAAGCAAACGUCAUCGAAACAAAACCAAUACUUCUUAGAGUGGUUCACUGAAACGGCCAUGUUUACGCACUUCAUACAAAACAUGGCGGUGUACCAAAGCGGCUCGACCAAUAUCGGCCAACGUUUAGUAGACACCCCGCUACCGAACUUCUAUGAACUGUUUAACGAGAGAGCGAAGAGCCGAAACCGCGCUAACUCUAAAAUCAGUGAGAAAAACUACAAAAGUGCUACCCUCGCUGCCUGCUCCGGACGCCUUAACUCCGAGAAACCCCUCCUGGCGCCAAAGCUGGAUCCGCCCUUGGACAUAUUCUUUGGUAAUCCGCAGGUGCUCCGGCUUCUGAAGUUUAUCAAGCCUAUAUGGGAUGGAUUGGUGGAUGUUUCCACAGUGAAACUAAAGUAG